AACUGCUAAACUGAGACUCUAGGACGGCAUGUGUUGGAACCAACGCUGAAGAGCUUUCUUUUUUAAUACUGAGCGUUUGACAUUCGCAAGGUAAGGAUCAUGUCUCUCCCAGAGGAGGAUCUGACAUGUCCAGUGUGCUGUGAUAUCUUCAGGGACCCUGUUCUGCUGUCGUGCAGCCACAGCUUCUGCAGGAGCUGUUUGAAGAAAUGUUGGGACACAAGGGCAAGGGAAUGUCCAGUUUGCAGAAGGAAAGCAUCCAAAUGCCCUCCUCUGUCCAAUUUAGCUCUGAAGAAUGUCUGUGAAGCUCUUCAACAGGUGAGGAGGCAAAACUCUCUGGAGGAGCAGGGGAGGUGCAGCUUACACGGGGAGAAGUUGAAGUUGUUUUGUCUAGCUGACGAACAGCCCAUCUGUGUGGUGUGCCAGACUUCCAAACUUCAUAAAAAUCAUGACUGUUCCCCGGUUGAAGAGGCACUUCUGGGCUGCAAGGACAAACUGGAGUUCAGGCUGAAAAGCUUGGAAAGCAAACUGGAGUACCUCCAGAGAAAACACAGGACCUCUGCUGACAUGUUGGCAUACAUUAAGUAUCAGACACUGACAACUCAAAACAAGAUAAAAAACCAGUUUGAGCAGCUACAUCAAGCCCUUUGUGAUGAAGAGUCGGUCCGGAGAGAAGCUGUGAAGAAGCAGGAAGAGGAGAAGACUGAAUCGAUCAAACAAAAAAUGAAUGAACUUUCAGCAGAAAUGCUUUCUGUCACUGAGACCAUGUCUGCCAUCAAAACACAGCUCAAAGAAGACGAUAUGAUUAUAUUACAGAAUUUUAAAGUCACUCAGGGAAGCGAUAAAGAUAUGGAGGAUGAUUUUGAUGACAUGUCGGGUUUACUGUUAGAUGCAACAAAACACCUCUCUAACCUGAAAUACAGUGUCUGGGAGAAAAUACUGGACAACAUUGACUACACCUCUGUAACUUUAGACCCAAACACAGCACACCCAUGCCUCGUCCUGUCCGAAGACCUCACUUCCCUCCACUACUCAAAGCAGCCCAGAUGUUGCCCUGACAACCCUGAGCGUUUUCACGUGAGUGCAGAAGUGGUAGGAAUGACCUCGCUCGGCUCAGGAAGCCACCACUGGGUUGUGGAAACAGGAAGUAAUCAAGACUGGCUCCUGGGCGUGGCCUCAUUGUCUGCGCCGAGGAACGCUGAGGUCGCAGCUCGGCCUGAAAAAGGCUUUUGGACUUUGUGCUUCCGGGACGGAGAGCUCAGAGCAAUGAGCUCGCCACCCACCCUGCUGACUGUUACAACUAAGCUCGAACAGGUCAAAGUUCAACUGGAUUACAACAAGGGAACUGUGUCAUUUUUUGACCCUGUGGACAAUUCGCUCCUGUAUGCUUUCACGCAGACAUUCACAGAGCCUUUAUUGCCAUAUUUUUAUACACAGAGUAGUCACCCUCUGAGAAUAAUGCCAGAGAAGGUGCUUAUCACAGUGCUGCGUCAGUAAGUAGGUUUUCUUCCUUUCUUUCUUUGUAAGGGUUUAGGCUCCUGAUUUAGUUCUAGGAACACAAGCUGAGCCAAAUAUUAAAAUACGUGAACAGUGUCGUUAUAUCUGAUAUGUUCUUUAGAAGAUCGGCCUGUGUUUUUUUGUUUUGCUCAUAGGACAGUAAUAGAAAAUACUGUAGUGAUGUAUUUUCCCCCCUCUGUGUAAUUUUGUUGCUGCCUUGUUGUGUUUGUCACCAGUAGUAAAGAUUCUUUGUGAAGAUCUUG